UCUUCCAUGCUGGACCCUCUUCCGAACCUCUUCCUCUCUAAAGGCUCCAGGCUGUUUUGCUGGGAGCCACCCAGCGGAAGGACGGCUUUGUAGGAUCUUGCAACCGAUGGGGGCCAAGCACCCAGUCCUGCUCUUCCUACCCUUGUCAAUGCUCUGCUGGUUCCCGGGGGGCUUCACGCUGCUAGAAACAGACGGAGGCUGGCGGACAAGCAGGCACGCCGCGUUGUCAGAAGACGGCAGCUGUACAGUGGAGAGGAGAGACGCCACCCUCACGUUUGCCCAGUUUAUUCAACAGUACGCCUUCUCUCGGCCGGUAAUUCUCCAGGGAUUAACGGACAAUACUGAAUUCCAGGCCCAGUGCACCAAAGAUCAGCUGCUUGCCAGGUUUGGAGAACACCUGGUUCGUCUCAGUACCGCCAACACCUACUCUUACCACAAAGUGGACCUGCCCUUCCAAGAUUAUGUGGAUCACUUGCUGGAACCACAGGAUCUGGCUUCCCUAGGAAGUGAAACUCUCUACUUCUUCGGAGACAAUAAUUUCACGGAAUGGGGCUCCCUCUUCCAGAAAUACCACCCACCACCUUUCCAGCUUCCAGGCACCAUGGGAGCAUACAGUUUUGGGAUUGGGGGCUCUGGUUCGGGAGUGCCAUUUCAUUGGCAUGGCCCUGGCUUUUCGGAGGUCAUCUUUGGGAGGAAGCGCUGGUUCCUGUAUCCUCCAGAGAAAACGCCACAGUUCCACCCCAAUAAGACGACCCUGUCCUGGUUCUUGGAUACGUACCCUUCCUUGCCACCAUGGAAGAAGCCGGUGGAAUGCACCAUCCAUCCAGGAGAGGUUCUGUAUUUUCCUGACCGCUGGUGGCAUGCUACCCUCAAUCUGGACACCAGCGUGUUCAUCUCUACAUUCCUGGGUUAGCAGCUCCAAGGGACAUUUCCUGUACGGAACUUUUGCCAUCACUCCCCGUGCAGAGACUGGAUUUCUUUGCCUCAUCAAACCUCCAUUGCUGGUCUACCAGCAGAAUUCUCUCAAUCUCCCCGUAAGGUGAACAGCGCAGUCGUUUAUUUUGGUACGGUGGUUUGGGGCCAGAGAAUAGAUCUCCCUUCAUCCAGAAAUCCCUCUGCUGGCUUGCCCCAUGGAGUCAAUCCAGUUCAACAGCCAGAGGGCUUCAUGAAGGUUGUGGCCAUCAGCUCUGGCUGACCACCACCCCACAGCAGCUCCAACUCCACGGUCAACAAGAGGCUCUAAGCUGUUGCAAAUUCAACAAAGGUGGCGUGCUCCCAGCUCACCAUUCCUACACCAUCUUUCUCAGGGAUUUUCAGAGCUCCUUCACCUGAAAUAUUCACAUCAGCUUCUCAGGACCAAUUGCUCUACUCAACUUUUUAAAAAAUGGUGCAGGGUAAGGUUGAUGCUUUUUAAGGCGUGUUUUGCUACCCAGCCCCCUUCCACCUGGCUGUGCAUUCACUACACAGUGGAAAAAGGUGAAGGUGGGUCUGGCUUCACCAAUGGUUAUGUUUGGGCUGGUGGGGUGGGGCAGAAAUGUUUCCUGAUGGAGGGUGCAAGGUACAAAUUUUACUGCCUCUCUGUGUCUCAUCCGGCUCUUCCAACCCCCCCAGGGGAAACUUACACCACCAGUUGAAUUAAAAACAAUGAAAGAUUUGGGCUGCUCAAAAUUACAGCCUUGCAGGGCAGGAAGGAAAUCUCAUGACUUGUAUGGGAAGCAUGUUGGUGACCAACCUGAGGAGGAAAAAGCUCGUUUCCCAUGGAAGUAGCCUGUUUAUCCAUCCUGCCCUGUGUUUAUGGCAGGACAUAGCUACAUUCCUAAUUUUUUUUCCCAAAUGAUUCUACCAUCAACCUGAUGUACAGAAAUGUGACCAGCAGAUUCCUACUCUGAUCCCCUCUCUCUGUCACAUAUAUCCCUGGCUGACGUGGAAUACCAGAGCAGACCUUAGCAUAAAAAUAA